AUGGAUUUUCAACGCGUGAAUUCUUUAAACGUUUGGCUUAAUAAGCUGUCAGGUAAUCUAUUACCAAUGACUCCCGAUGGUUCAUCAUUUUCUAUGGUAUGGAGAAUAUACAGUGCUUUAAUUUGGUUGCUCGAAAUAAUUCAAAUGUGUAUUUUAAUUCCCGGUUGCAUAAUUAUGCCAAAAGAAAAAGUUCUGAAAGACGGUCUAAUUGGCAUUGCAAUUACCAUAGAAGUAGUCUUUACAAUUGUGCGAAUUUAUUCGCGUAAAGCAUUAAUACAACAAAUAAUUCAGAAAUUGAAUAAUAUUAUGCGCGUGAAGGACAAAAUAAUGGCAAACAUAGUGAUGACGACGGUAAAUUCGAUGAAGACUCCUCUCAAAUUUUAUUGGCUAAUUGGCAUAAUUUCACUAAUCCUGUGGUUCACCGUGCCGUUUGCAUUAAUUUUAAAGAAAAAUUCCUUCGUCUACUUGGAUUACAGAAUGCCAGUCGUGUUAUCCAAAGAGCCAUUCUCGAACGGUAUUUUUCUAUUGGGAAGUCUAAUUGUUAUGUUCAGCAGCAUGUACAUCUUUACGAAGAAAGUCAGUGUGGAUAGCUACGUAAUAAAUAUGAUAUUGUUGGUCACGGCACAAUAUAAAUACAUCGCGUUGAAACUCUCCAUGAUAUUUCAAGACGAAAGGUUACAGAAUGAUAAUCACAGUUCUAGUAAAAAGACACCUUGUCCUGAAAUAAAUUUAUACGCGGAAAAGGAAAUGAAAUAUAUAUGUCGUCAUCAUAACGUGGUUCUUCACGUCACAUUAAUGCUAAGAGAGCUGUUAGCUCUAAGUCUCAGUAUAAUAUAUCUAAACAGCGUUUUCCGGUUUUGCUGCAUUGCUAUUAUGGUGAUCUCAAUACCAUCAAGCGAUUUGAAUGUAAAAUUCGUAUUUACUUUGUAUGCUUGCGGUGGAAUAGUGCAGCUAUACAUACUGUGUUCUUGUGUGCAACAACUACUAGAUGCGAGCAGUGAAAUGACGGAUAAAGCAUUUCAUAAAGGAUGGUAUCGAUAUGGAACAUCUAUAAAACGAAUAUUUAUAAUUAUGAUGAUGGCUAAUAACUUAGAACUUAAACUUUCAACGUUUAAGAGAUACAAUUUAUCUCUGUCUUCAUUUAUGACAAUUUUAAACCAAUCAUAUUCAAUCGCUCUUAUACUAUUAAGAACUUAUUAA